AAAUCUGGCAAAAAUUAAAAAGGACGAAAAGAAGACUGAGCACUCGGCACUCCUCAGACCCGGUAAUAGUGAAGUGACGACCGAAUCAAAAACCCCAUAAACCUAGACGGGCUCCGAACGCAUACAUGGCGAACAGGCGGUGUCUGCAAGCGUUAACGCGCCAGGCAUCCGCAUUUCUCUCUACAAAUCCAUCUCUCCAGUCGCUCACAGUUCCACCCACCUUGCCAAACCCACCUCAGAACACCCUCACAUCAAGCUUCGUUGACAUCCUCAUUGAUACCAGACCCGUCACCAGGUGUGCGCGAUGGUCUCACCUUUGCAAUUAUUCUUCCGGUACACAAAAUCAUGAUGACAACAAAGUUAAUGAAGCCGAAGACGAUGGUGAUGGGGAUGAAGAAGAAGAGGAGGAGGAGGAGGGCAGCGACGACGAGAAUGUCCCGGAGUCAAGUGGGGCUACUGGGAAAAGAGAGUAUACGGCAGAAGAAAAGGAAGCAGAGGCGGCGGCUAUUGGGUACAAAGUGAUAGGGCCUCUUGGCAAGAAUGAACAGGUUUUCAAGCCAUACGAGCCGGUGUUCGCCGUUAUUCAGAUUGGAUCACACCAGUUUAAAGUAAGCAACGGGGACAGCAUUUUCACUGAAAGACUGAAAUUUUGCGAAGUGAAUGAUAAGUUAAUUCUUAAUAAAGUCCUCUUGCUUGGCUCUCAAAGUCAGACAAUUGUUGGCAGACCCAUGCUGCCAGAUGCAGCUGUUCAUGCCGUUGUUGAGGAGCACGCAUUAGAUGCAAAGGUGAUUAUUUUUAAGAAAAAGAGAAGAAAGAACUACCGUAGAACCAAAGGGCAUCGCCAGGAAUUGACGAAGUUAAGGAUAACUGAUAUUCAAGGAAUUGAGAAACCUGAAAACAUUGUGGCUGAAGUGCCUUCAAAAGCUGCUAAGAAGAAACAGGAAAAGGUUGCAGUUCCUGCUUAAGGAGCGAGCACCCAGUAGCUACUGACGCAACCCAUAUAUCUCAAUGAGUUUUGACAGUAUGAUGCAAUUUAUUGAGCAUAAUUAUUUUGAUAAGCUCCAUUUACAUCUCAAAAGUCUCUUUAGAUGGAAAUUCUCGGCUUGCAUUCUGCAGGCAGGUUUUGUAGGAUUGUUUACACAGAAUUUUCACGCCCUACAGUGUUAUAUUUAGUUCCAUUUGUGGACACCAUUGAUUCUUAGACCGGAUUUAAGGUCUCAAGAAGUCAAAUGUUGACUCCUAUAUUUUGCGGUUGAUCUAGGCAUGAUACCAUAUCAUGCAUGUACUAACGUUCACCUUUGGAAAUAAACUGUCCAUAUUUCGUCUUC